AUGCAAACAACAGUUGCACCAGUUGUAGAAGCACGGCCAUUAAGCGAGAUCCAAGCACUAAUGAAGAAAGAAGAAGAACCGUUCUGGAAAUUUGCACACUUUAAGAAGCAAGAUUUAGAAAGUAAAUAUCCCACGAGUCUGGCUGCUGUUCCAAGCCGAUAUAAAGGAUUUGUGAUUCCAGUUGUUCCUGACAUACCACCGCCCGAAUAUGUCGAUUUGACACUUGGAAACGAGUUUAGAUAUUUUGUUCAUCAGAAUGAAGCAGUACCAAUAAGCAAUGAAGCUGGACCAAAAGAUUACCAGAACUUUUCGACCAUCCUGAAACUAGAUGACGACAAACCAUAUUACUUGGGACCUGGUCAAAUGUGUUUGGGUAUCACUCGUGAGAGAGUGAAAUUACCCUCUGGAUUGUGCGCGUUAAUAGAAGGACGAUCUCGCUUUGCGAGACUUGGUCUUUCUGUACACAUAACUGCAUCGUUCAUCAACCCUGGUGUAGACAAUCAGACAGUACUCGAGAUCUUUAAUGCUUCGAGUCUAACAUUAGCUCUACAUCCAGGCACUAAAGUAUGUCAAAUGAUCUUUAUGACUAUGGAAGGAGAAGCGUCGUAUUCCGGCAUAUUCCAGGGACAAGCUUUGUAA